UUUCAAGCCAGAGUCAGUAAACAGAGCUGCCACCAACAGGUCUUGAUCUUUGCCUUCCUCUUGCUCAUAGUCCCCUCAAAAUCUGUAUGUCGUCCGCAUCAAAUCCGAUUUUCAGCUAUUGCAGUUACCAUGAAAGCCAAUGGAAACAAUCUCCAUCGCGACUCCAUUUUUCCAUGCUUCUGCUUCUUCCUCCAUCUAAUCUCAGCGGCUACCAAUAAAUCAACUUCGUCCAAUUACUACUCUCCCGAGAUUAUCCUCUUGAACUGCGGGGAAAGUUCAGAGACAAUAGGUAAUGACGGGCGCAGCUGGCUGGGCGAUGUCGGUUCGAGAUUUGCACCCUCCUCCCAAAACUCGAAUAUCUCCAGUGCCAUGUCCCAAAACUCUGUUCCCAGCGUUCCUUACAUGACUGCUCGUAUAUUUCAUUCCCAGUACACCUACACCUUCUCCGUCAACGCCGGCUGGAAAUUCGUUCGCCUCUACUUCUACCCUGCAAAUUACAGCAGUUUUGACGCGUCUAAUGCAAUCUUCUCUGUCACCGCCAGUCGUUAUACUCUCCUCCGCAACUUCAGCUUCUACAUCACUGCGAAAGCCCUGAAUUAUUCUUAUUUCAUUCAUGAAUUCUCCAUUAACACGGUAGACGAAUUCUUAAAUUUAACCUUCUACCCAUCUCCAAAUAUCCCUAAUGCCUAUGCCUUCGUGAAUGGGAUUGAGAUUGUCUGGAUGCCUAAUAUCUUCUCUCGAACUGCCAGAGUCAUCCUUGAUGAAGGGCUACCACCAACCAUGUACCAGGUUCGGAAUGACACCGCCCUUCAGACAGUCAUCCGGCUUAAUGUUGGCGGACGAGACAUCCCAGCCAUCAACGAUUCCAGCACUUUGUUCCGGAGGUGGUUCGAUGACUCCCCAUACAUUUAUGGCGCUGGGAUUGGAGUCACCUCCGAAUGGGAUCUGAACAAAACUUUUGAAUACACAGCUGAUGUCCCGUCCUACACUGCGCCAGAGGAAGUCUACAGAAGUGCACGGUCGAUGGGGCCUGACCGAAAAAAUAACCAAAACUACAACCUUACAUGGAUUUUUCAGAUCGAUGCGGGGUUCACCUACGUGGUCAGGCUUCAUUUCUGUGAGAUCCACUCAUCCAUAUACAAGGAGAAUCAGAGGGUGUUUGACAUCUUCAUUCAUAAUCAGACUGCUGAAUAUUUGGCUGCUGAUGUGAUUAAAUGGGGUGGGGCGAAUGGAGUCCCGGUCUAUAAAGAUUACUUUGUAAUAAUUGCUCAAGACCUCCAUCCGGAACUGUGGGUUGCGCUCCAUCCGAAGAUAGAAUCUGGGUCGGAGUAUUUUGAUUCAAUCCUAAACGGCAUAGAGAUCUUUAAAUUGAACGACACGGAAGGAAAUCUUGGUGUACCUAAUCCAGUACUCACUCAGGAUCAACCUGAGAAUCCAAAUCUGUUUAAGAAAUCAUCACACUCUAGGAACUCAAAGAAUCAGACUCUACCUAUUGUAGGAGUUGUGAUGGGUGCUGUUACUAUUUUGGCUCUAAGUGCUCUUGCUUUAGCUGUUUUCCUUCGUCACUUGAGGGAAGGGAAGGAUUCGCGCAACAACAGUGGGCUGUGUGGGUUUCUCCAAAUUUGGAUGCACAGCAACUCCCACACUGCACGCUCAGCUAAUAUGAACAGCACCGGAAGUCUGGCAUUACCAUCUCCUUUGAACCUUUGUCGUCAAUUCUCCUUUGAAGAGAUCAAGAUGGCAACUAAUGACUUCGAUGAGGCACUCCUCCUUGGAGUAGGUGGAUUUGGAAAGGUCUACAAAGGGAGCAUCAAUGGUGGCUCCACCAAGGUCGCAAUAAAACGUGGGAACCAUCUCUCCCAGCAGGGUGUACAUGAGUUCCAGAAUGAGAUCGAGAUGCUUUCGAAGAUCUACCAUCUCCACCUUGUCUCCCUCAUUGGUUACUGCCAUGAAACCUGCGAGUUGAUCAUUGUCUACGAUUACAUGGCCUAUGGGACACUCCGUGAGCAUCUCGACAAGACCCAAAAGCCACCACUACCGUGGAAGCAGAGACUUAAGAUCUGCAUAGGGGCUGCCCGUGGCCUGCACUAUCUCCACACGGGGGCCAAGCAUACUAGUAUCAUCCAUCGGGAUGUCAAGACGUCUAACAUCCUCCUCGAUGAUAACUGGGUUGCGAAGGUUUCAGAUUUUGGGCUAUCAAAGAUGGGGCCUGCAUCGGAUCACACACACGUAAGCACCAACGUCAAAGGCAGUUUCGGAUAUAUGGACCCGGAAUACUUCCGUUGGCAGCAGUUAACGGAGAAGUCCGAUGUGUACUCAUUUGGAGUCGUGCUAUUCGAAGUAAUAUGUGCACGGCCGGCAUUGAAUCACUCAUUGGAAGACGAGCAAGUUAACUUAGCUGAGUGGGCCUUGUAUUGCCAGAAGAGGAGCAUGCUCGACCAGAUCAUUGAUCCUUAUCUCAAAGGGAAGAUCGCGCCAGACUGCUUCCAGAAAUAUGUGGAGACGGCUGAGAAGUGUUUGGCUGAUCGGGGAAUCGACCGACCAGCAAUGAGUGAUGUUAUGUGGAACCUCGAACUUGCACUGCGGAUUCAGGAGAGUGCAGAGGUCGGCAUGGAUGAAGUGGACACGAACAAUGACGAGGUCCCCCUUGUAAUCUCAGCCUCGGGGAGGAGAGACUAGGAUGUGACGAUGCUGGGUCACGGUGGAAAUUUGAGUGAUUCAAGGAGCUCAGGGAUGCCAAUGAGAAAUGGCAGACAGAGCCUCGCAAGUGAGGAAUCAGAUAGUCGGAUGGGUCAUGAACCCGGAAGGGAUGUAAGAUCAACGGUUGUGGAUGAUGCAUAUGAUCAGGAUGGUGUUAUAUAUAUA